UUUCGCAGGAGCCAACAUUGCCUCUUUUAAAAAAAAACAAAAAACACACACAUCUCUCUCUCUCUCUCUCUCUCUCUCUCUCUCGCUCAGUCCCUGGCUGUGGUUGGUUGUCAAAGCUUUGCUUUGUGCUUGAAUUGAAAGGGCCUCUCCAGCUAAGGCAGGAUACUGAGUACUGCUGGUUCCACAAAUGAUCAACUCUACUCUUAAAAACAAUGGGCUGGGCUAUUGUGGGACUGAUUUGCCUUUGUACCGUAAGCAAUCACCAAUAGGCAAGAAGAAGACAGCUUUGAGAGAUGUGCAGAAUGAUAGCAGGAGCUUAAUACGUAAUGAUCCAGAGAGUUGUGUUCUAGGAAGACAUGAUGCCAAUGCUGUUAAGGUCUCUGGGGCUAAGAGACUUACCCCUGAAUUCUCUUCAAACCCCCCUUAUCACCAGUCCUGGAGAAGUAAUAGAGCAAAUAAACAUCUCACACAUGAUGUUAAGAAUUUUGAUUCAGAACUAGGCAGGACAAGAGCUCAAGAGACAUUUGAGAAUAAAAGCGGGUUUCCAAAUUCAAGAAAAUAUUUCCACAAUCAGCCACAACUAGCUCAACAAUGUUCUGACAAGCAGGAGAAAAAUACAUCUUGUCUAUCUGCAUUUGCUCCAAUUCCUAUGGCUUCUUUGAUAGCCUUUUCCCCAGGUAGACCAUCAGUUCCUAUUUUUCUCGAAAAGUCUGGUAAUGGUUUGCCAGCUGCUGAAUCCAAUCACCUUAGGUUUACUUCUGAGUACGAAGUUCCUCAUUUAGCUGAUUCUAAGGGGAGCACUGAUCAGAAAAGGAAAGAACAGCUCCUUCAUGUGCAGAAGCUUCUGAAGCACUGUGAUAAGUAUGAUCAGAGAGAUUACAUCCAAAGGCUUUGCCAUUUGUCUCCUCUUGAGCUAAGCAGACAUGCUGUUGAGUUGGAGAAAAGAUCAAUCCAGCUAUCAGUUGAGGAAGUGAAAGAGAUCGAAAGGAUGAAGGCUCUAAACAUAUUUGGGAAGUCUUCACCAACAAAGAAUCCCUUGCCAACAUUUUGACAAGUUCUGUCCAAAAGGUGAAAAUCAAUUAGAUAAACGAGUUAAAUUUUAGUGAUUUUGCUUAUGACCAGGUAGGUAAAUUAAUCUGCCUCAGUUUCUUCAUUUUUCAUUUUCUUUUUUUAUGUUUGGCUUGGAAUGAAUCUACCUUUUUGGUAGCUCUACCAACCGUGCAAACCUGAUAUUUAUUAGGAACUUAUUUAUCAAUUUUAAGUUUGUAACUUGUCAUCUUUUGCUUCUACUGAUAGUUGUAUCAGGUAGUCUUA